AAACAUCCUCACUACAUGCUCGCUUUGGCUUCAUCUGACACCACCGUCAGAUAUCCAGCAGACAGGCUGGGCCAGCGCUCCAAAGAAAAUGACUGGCCUGGAGGGUUGCAAUGUUUUGAAUAGUGCCAUCAUUUGACCUUGACAACCCCUCGUCGCGCCUGGAUCCCAUCCAUCAUCAAUCCACACCCCCCACUACAUUCCGUCGGGUGUCACGAUGAACAACCAGGACAUCUUUGCCCUGUCCGUCCCGGAAACCCAUCGCGUGGUUUCGAUAUCUGCGUCCCAGUCUCUGCACGCGUCUUCCGCGUCUGCGGAUGCGGGCGCGAUCUCGACAGGUCUUCCCCGACUGGACGAGGCGAUCUGUCCGACUUCCUUGGAUGAAUUCCCAGGGCUGAUUUCGGACCCAUCAUCCACGGGUCUUCCCCGUGGCCAAAUUACAGAGGUUUUUGGACCACCGGGGGUGGGGAAGACCUCGUUGGCGCUGAGUGCUGCCUCUAAUGCGCUUAGAGAUGGAGGAAAGGUUGUGUGGAUUGACACUUGCUCGCCACUCCCCAGGCUGCGUCUCAAGAAGAUGCUCCUGAAGUCCAUGGAAUCCGAGGAGAACCCCUCGCUCGAUGACCUCGCACAGAAUUUAAUCUACUUCCGUGCUCAAUCCCUGCCCCACUUGAUGGCACUACUGCUGCGUCCUCCCAAAGGAUUCCCACCUGAAGACACCACCUUACUGGUGAUCGACUCGGUGUCGGGUCCGUUCCCGUCGUAUUUCCCCAACCCGGCCGAGUUGAAAUCCCGUCUCGCUCAAUUGAAGAUCACGGAAAAGUCCCAGGUCCAGUGGCUGAUGAGUCGAAGAUGGGACGUCACAAGUGACCUAGCCAACCAGCUCGUGAAGCUGGCAACCGCUCAUCGCAUGGCGGUGCUUUUGAUCAACCAGACUCACACCAAAAUCAAAGGCCAACCCCGUGCAACUCUCUGCCCCGUGCUUGCGGGUGGAUCGUGGGAGAAUAGUAUCUACACGAGGAUUGCCAUGUAUCGCGACUUUCCCGAUAUAGAUGACAACGACACGGUGGAUACUUCUAUUACAAGAAAGCCCCGGUUUGCGGAGGUUAUGAGAAGGACAGGAAAGGCGUUGACGCUGAGACUAGACGAGAAUAUUAUUCCGUUCGUAAUCGAAUCGGAUGGCUUAAGCGAAAUUGCAAGUACUCAGCCAUCUUGUACUGUCACACAAAAGACAGAUGAGGCGUCCAACCCCGCGAGCCAAAGGAAGCGAAAGGUUGAUGAGAUUGCAGACAGCCAAGAUGAAGACUCCGACGAGGAAUUUGGGUGGAUUGAAGGGGAUGAUGCUGACUUACUUGGGGGAAAUAGCCACAAAGAUCCAUGAAGUCGGCAGCAGCAACAAGCUGUAUUGUUAUUUCAUUCCCUGGUCACAAGGGAAAGGGCGACUUGGACUCGUUCUUGACAUUUGAGUCUAUCAAACACAUUGGUUUGAUUGAGAUAGAUCGGCGCCACCAAGUCGAUUUCACUGGUCCACGCCACGGUUAAAAGCAUCACUUGGUAUUUUGGACUGUCUUUACUAGACAAGCCAACA